AUGUUUCGACCGAGUUCCGGUUUGUCGAUUAGGUUUCCAUCGAUUCUUUCGUCGUGUUGUUCCAUUUCAUCUGCUACAACCUCGAAUGCCCUACAGAAUUUCUGUAUUGAUCUAUCCAAUCGGCAACUCAUCUCACUAAGUCAACCACCUGCAUUUAUCGAAAACAAUUUCCAAUCUGCAAAUCAUUUACCAAAUGUUAUCUAUGCAGGUUUUGAUCCAACUUCGGACAGUUUACAUGUGGGUAAUUUAUUGAUAUUUUCAAAUUUGUUAAGAUCCCUCAAGCAUGGAUGUCAUGCAAUAGCAUUAAUUGGAGGCGCUACAGCGCUGGUGGGUGACCCAAGUGGUCGUGAUACAGACCGUUUGGAAAUAGCCGAGGAGACGAUCAAUAUGAAUAAAGAAGAAAUAAGGAGACAGUUGGAGAGAAUUUCUGAGAACUUCUACGAAAUGCAAUCUGACCGAGAGACUGUGAAACGAUUGGAUAUUGUUGAUAAUGCUGAGUGGCAUUCGAAUAUGUCAUCAUUGGAAUUUAUUCGUAUAUGUCGUUUAUUUCGAGUCGGUGAUAUGCUACGAUUAGGUGCUAUUAAAUCGCGAAUGCGUGAAAAUCAUGGAUUGCCGUGUUCUGAGUUUCUCUAUCAAAUUAUGCAGUCUUAUGAUUGGUAUCAACUAACACAAAAAUACAAUUGCUAUUUUCAGAUUGGCGGUAGUGAUCAACUGGGGCACUUAGAUGCUGGUUAUGAUUACAUUCGUCGACGAACAAAACGUCUGUCGGCGGGCAUAUGCCUGCCUCUGAUCACAGAUUCAUCUGGUAAUAAGCUGGGCAAAUCCGUAACGGAUUGCAAGGAGAGCGUUUGGUUGUCUGAAAAUAAGACGUCUCCGUACGCAUUUUAUCAGUUUUUCAGACAACAACCUGACAACCAAAUUGUUCCAUUGAUGAGGUACUUUUCAUUGAAAUCAUUGGAUGAUAUGAAUGCGAUCCUAUCAGAACACGAAUCUAAUUUGGGCAAAUGGAUAGCACAAGAAGAACUUGCGAAAGAAUUAACGCAAUUGAUACAUGGUGCAGAUGGUUUACGGCUUGCUCAACAAUGCUCUAAUGCGCUCUUUAAAGGUAGUUUAGCGGAUAUUGAGCGCAUCCCAUUGCAAACAUUGGAACAACUCUUUGGUGAUGCAUCAAUUCGGCGAUUGUCUAAAUCGGAUUUAGUGACAAUGGGCGAUUUGGCAGAUCGAACGAGGUCGGAUAAAAUGCGUGGUUCGAUACUGAUGAAAAAAGGAGCGUUCUCAUUGAAUGGCGAAAAAUUUGUUGAUCCGAAUGCAAAAAUUAACUUUGAGAAGAUUCUCUUGUCGGGGAAAAAUGCCACUUUGGUUUGUUGGGGUAAACGUAAAUAUCAGCUGAUCCGAUGGGUUGAUUAA